UUCCCAUUCACAGACAGAGACCAGAGUCAGACACAGGCUGGCUUCGCAGCAGAGGAGGGGAGAAAAAAAAAAAAAAAAAAAAGAACUCUCCUCUCGCCGCUAAGAAACCAACAGCUAUCAGAGACGUGAAGUCGACGCGAUGUCGAGCACGAAAUGCUACCGUUUAGUUUGAGGAGACAGCUACCAAUAAGGAGAAGGCUGCAGAAAGUAAGGAGUGGGUGAGCAGUGACAGCUGGAUACAUAAAGCGAGGGAUUAGAGGUCCGCACGUGGAAAAAAGGGGCUCGCUUUAACACAUCAGGAAACCGGGGGCUAAUUUGCUCUGUGAAGAUUAGAUCCCUCCAUUUAGUCGUUUUUCACCGGUUUAUUUCUGCCUGCGUCGGAGAUGAGUGCCAAGUCAGCCAUCAACAAGGAGCUCUUCACGCCUCACGAUGAGAAGAUGCUCGCUGGUGUACAGGUGAAGAGGCGGACAAAGAAGAAGAUACCUUUCCUGGCCACUGGUGGCCAGGGAGAUUACACGACUUUCAUCUGCCUCUCAGUGACAAACAAGAAACCGUCCCAUGUAUCCCUCACUAAAGUGAAGCAGUUCCAAGGAUCAUCUGCCUUUGUCAAAAGGUCACAGUGGACAAUUGAUCAGCUACGGCAGAUUAAUGGCAUCGACUCCAACAAAGACUGUCCAGAAUUUGACCUGAUGUUUGACAAUGGUUUGGACCAGUGGGUUGCCAGUUCAGCAGGAGAGAAGUGCACCUUCAUCCAAAUUCUUCAUCACACCUGCCAGCGCUACUGCUCGGCACGGAAACCAGAGUUCAUCAACUGUCAGUCAAAGCUGCUUGGUGAAGGCUUAGAUACAGUCGUUUACCACUGCAAGGUCUAUUUCAACAGAAUGAGGAAAGUGCCAUAUCGUGGUCCUCCUCAAAAACAAGGUAACAGUAUACUCCACUCAGCUGCAGGCAGUGUGACCAGUGCUGUACAGAAGGCCAGCCAGGCUCUGAAUGAGCGCGGUGAGCGAUUAGGUCGGGCAGAGGAGAGGACUGCAGACAUGAUGAACAGUGCCGAACAGUUUGCUGUCACAGCACAGAAGCUUGCCAUGAAGCACAAAUGUUAGGACCACUGCCAAAACCACCUGCACUGGAGGUGUGAGCACAGACCAGACCAGUCGUUACACAGGAGAGGGAUUCCAGCAUUAAUUCGUUUUACAUUUUAUAUAAUUAAUCUUUUUUAACGAUGUUAACAUUUUACUCUUUUGGGUUAUCUCACUGUGUUCAUUCCUAAUAACGGAGUUGCAGCACAUACAGUGACUUGCAAAAGUAUUUGCGCCCUCUUUAGCAGUUUGCUUCAUGUUCUGUCACAUCAAAAUCACAAACCUCUGUCUAAUUUAUAAGAGUCAUAUGAUAAACCAACACAAAGUAGUUCAUCAUUUUGUGGUCCUAUCUGGUCUGCUUUGGAUUUAAGCCUUUAUUUUCACCGGACAAUUUUUCACUGUUGUUCUGCAUGUAUGUUUAGAUGUGCUGUUCUCCAUGUCAGUCUCAAAUCUCUUGCAGCCUUUAUCACCUUUUUCCCCUCCAUGUUUUUCCCAUAUUGUGCUCCAUCUUUAUCUGCAGCAUCCGCCACAUCAUGACACUACCACCACAUUUAGAGAUGGUGUAUUGAAGGGGAUGGUGUAUUGAUUUGCACCAUCAGUCCUCUACUAGAUGCAGUACUUUAUAUCUAAUCAGUGUCUCUUCUUCUACAUGUUUGAUCCUCUUAUGACUUUCUUCUUGUCACUCGUCCUUAAAGGCCAGAUUCAUGGAGUGGCCGACUAAUAGUUGUCUUGUCAGCAGAUUCCACUUGAACAGUCUUUUUACGAGACGUUCAAAGUUCAGAAUAGUGUCUAUAAAACUAACCUUAUGUUAUUUUAUACUUGUUUUGUCUAUUGUCAGCAGAUUCCACUUGAACAGUCCUUUAUGAGACGUUCAAAGUUCGGGAAAGUGUUUAAGAAAAGUAACCUUAUAUUUUGUACCUCUUCUGUCUGUUGUUAUUGUUCGUCUUCAUAAAGCUGUUUGUCCAGUAACGUCCAUUUCUAUGGAGAAUAACUAACACGUUAACCAAUUAGGUGCUUUCUGACAGCAAUUGAUUGCACUGUCGUUAGAAAAGUGGGUUGAAUACAUAUGCACACCACUUUAACAUGACUCAUCUCAUUCAACUUGUAUCCUUCACCAUCCACUUUAUAGUUAUAUACUACUCUGUGUUGGUCCCAGUUAUAAUAAAUUACAUUUUGUGUUUGUGAUGUGACUCUGUGAUGGUGUGGAAACGUUUAAGGGGUGCGAGUUCUUUUGAAAGACCCUGAAGACAGGAGAGGAAGGGACAACUUUGAGCAGAAUCUUUAACGCUUCCGUUUGCCAAAAAUGUGACUUUAAUGACAACAGUUAAUAGUAACAGGCCCUGAAUACACAUUGUGUUUUUGAGAUAGUAAUGUGUGGGCUAAGGUUAAACUAGAAAACUAUCAUUAAUUUCUCCCAGACAAGUUAAUACAUUGUUUCUGAUUGUUAGUAGUUAUUUAUGCACACUGCUGGGUUUUAAAGGCUGAUUUAUGAAUCGGUAGUCUGUGUUUUCCUUUUGAAAAAGAGUGUCUCUAUUAAAUCAAAUAUAAAUAUUUUGCACCUACGUUUCUAAAGGUCGAGUCUUCCUUGCAAAAUUUUGAACCAAAUUUGGGACAGUGCGGUUUCAGCCUGUCCCUUUUUCAAUCUGCAUUUUUAUUCUCAGUUUAACUCUUGAGUCUUUUGUCCUUGACUUCAGGAAGUACAAACAGUGUGAUUCCUUUCAUACAAUGCCAACUGGAGUGGAGUGAAGAAAGAUGAUGAACACACUUUGUCACCUUAUGGAUAUAUAUAUAUUUUUGGGAGAAACAAAAAAAAAAAAAAAAGCCUGCAGCAUUUUUU